AUGGGGUGGCUCAACAAGCUGAAGCAGCUCUCCGCCGAGAAUUCCCCAACAUCUCCCAAAGGUUGGGCCUUUCUUCUUUGUUACUUGGGGCCCCCAUGACCCCUGUACUUUCUGUUUCUGACGAUCUGUGUGCAUUGGAUUCGGUCGGCAGAGGGUGGCGGUAGCGAUCAGAGGAGCGGCGGCAGUGCCGCUGCCUCUGCGGCGGUGAGCACACCGUCACCGGACGCCAAGGAGAACGUUUCCCCGAUCGUCUUUAAUCCCGGCAGUAACCUGUUCACCAAGGCCAUCGGCGCCGAGAUCCUCGACAAGCCCCCGCCCAGCGCCGCCACCGGAUAG